AGAAGGAGAAGCUAUCAAAUCUUACAAUAAAAUCACAAGAUGACCGCGAAGGUGUGCCUUGUCAGGAACGAUUUUGUUCAAUUGGAAAAACAUCUGCGUGUUAGAAAUUCCAUCAUACCAAGCCAACCGUGAAAGUACACUUUUCUUGGCGUAGUUGGGGGUAUUUUAUCGCAAAUUUUUAGUAUUUUUAAAACUCUACAAUAGAGAACGAUUUAAUGAAAUUUUUCGCUUUUCUCUUAACAGCAGUUAUAGCUGCACCAUUUGAUAACGCGAAAUGGGUUAAUUCACGUUACACAUCUCGUGUCGCUGUUCAUGAAUCAUGUAAUCCUGUUCAGCGUAUACAACUUGAAAAAGCACUCGAUGAUUAUGAACGUCUAGUUCAUAAUGCUAAUGAUUACCUUUUACGUUCUGGACCAGAAGAUGAAUUAGCAAUCAAGUACUUUGGUACAGAUAGUCAAGCACAAAAUCAAGUAGUCGCUGCUGGAAUUUACGACAAUCUCUCUCGUGGUGAUAAAUAUGGUGCAACUUUAAGAUGUGAUGACCCAGACUCUCUUUGCGCUCAAAUUCCAACAUACGCAGGUCAUCAUAGGGGUACGAAUGGAACACUCGAAACUGUCAUUUGUGAUCUUUCAUAUGAGACACGCAAACCAAUUGAACAAGUUUGUGCAUUAGGUCAUCGCGUACCAGAUGAUAACGCUUCAAAAUUCUGGGGAAUUGAUUUUAUACAUCGCUUUUCACAUUUACCAAUAGUUGCAGGUGGUAAUGUUGGUCAUACAGCCGAUGAUUUUGAUUCUUUAAUAGAUUUAGCAAAAAAUAAUGCAAGUGCUUCAGCAUGGAACAUGAAAACUCUUCAAUAUUACGCUUUAGACGCCUGGGCUCACACUUUCGCCAAUCCAGGUGUUGGCUGCGACGAAGAAGAAGCCAGCCAACCAGCACCAGCCCAACCAUCACCAACUGCCGAUGCGCCAGUUUCAUGCCACACCCACGCAAAUGGUGAAGAACAUUGUAGCUCAGAUGGUUAA